AUGGGAAGCAUCACGACUGUAUCGCAUGAGGCACGUUUACUAUGUCGCCAAAACAGCUUGACAAACACAUCUGGCGUGGCGCCAGGCUAUCUACAAGCUAAUUUGCUGAUUCUGCCGGGCGAAUAUGCCUCCGACUUUCAUAACUUAUGUUUGCGAAAUCCUGUUGCAUGUCCCUUGCUGGGGAUGAGCUCCACGCCGGGUAAUCCACAUACAAUUAAACCUGCGGGCUGUAUUCUCUCUACUGAUUUCGAUGUUUGCACCGAUUUCCCUAAAUACAGAGUGUACAAGGGAGGCAAAUACCUGGAGAGUCGCACUGAGAUAGCCAGUCUAUGGACGGAAAGUCAUGUGGCCUUUUUGAUAGGAUGUUCAUACUCCUUUGAAGAUGCGCUGAUGGCGGCGGGACUACCUCCUCGACACCAGCGAACUAAAUCUGUUGUCGCUAUGUAUAGGUCGAACAUUCCAAUUUUACCUGCAGGUAUAUUCACAGGGGCUCAUUGUAUUGUCUCCAUGCGACCGUAUCGAUUGGAGCAGAUCGAUCGUGUUCGCGAAGUGACCCGUCCGUAUCUUUCUACGCAUGGCGAGCCUGUCGCUUGGGGAUGGGACGGAGCUAAACAACUUGGUAUCACUGAUAUCACUAAGCCAGACUUUGGAGAGCCCCAGAUCUUUGAGGAUGAUGAGGUGCCUGUCUUUUGGGCCUGCGGUGUCACGCCUCAAAUGGCAGUGGAAGCUGCGGGAGAGAAGAUUGAAGGGCUUGUCUUCGCUCAUGAGCCAGGACACAUGUUGGUAACCGACUGGACUGCUGCUGAUCUAGAGAGCCUUCAGUCUGGCAGUAUUUAG